CGUUGAUCGAAUUACAAAUUCGAAUUCUCUCAGAGUGAAGCCGCACUUUUGACUCUUUCCUCAACAGAAAUGUCGUCCACAACCGCGCAGCGCACGCAGCGCAGCUCUCCGUCUGGGAUAUCGGUUCUCAUAACCGGCGGCGGAGUGGGCGGUCUCUUGACUGCGCUCGAGCUCUGGCGCAGAGGUUGCGAUGUUCGGGUUCUUGAGAGAACAAAUACGACCACAACAGCAGGAGAUUCGUUUGUCAUCGGCCCCUCAGCUCUGAGAAUGCUGAAGCACUGGCCAGAAAUGAAGGAACGACACGACCAGAUUGCCUACGAGCCAAUGUUUGCAAAGUAUAAACACACUGGCGAGCGGCUGACUGAGCCCAUAAAGAUGGGAGCGUUGUACAAGACGAAGCUUUCUGAUGGACAUCCGCAGUUGUUGCUCCACUCGAGACCCAAAUUUCACGACAUGCUUCUCGAGCAACUUACGAAAUGCGGAGUGCAGGUCGAGUAUGGCAAGGAGGUAGUUGACUAUUUUGAAAAUACCGCUACGGCGAAGGGCGGUGUUGUACUGAAGGAUGGUUCAAAAUGUGAAGCAGACCUCGUUGUCGCUGCGGAUGGCUUGCGCGGAACAUCAUGGAACCUCGUUGCUGGACAGCCCAUACCGGCGAGGAGUAGCGGAUCAGCAACUUUGCGAACGGCAUAUCCCGCUGAGCUGGCUCUUCAAUACCCGGAGGUUGCAGAACGCUUCCAGUUAGAACAGGACCGCUCUUCGAUAUUUCAGUCCUGGGCGGGAGCGAACCUUUUUGGCGUAUUCUGGCGCACCGACGAACAGAUGAUGUGGAUCAUCACACACCCAGACACCGGUACGGCAGAGGAAUCCUGGGGUCACCGCAUCUCAAACGAGGCUGCGAUAGAAAUACUUUCCGCAAUCCCAAACUGGCCCAAGGAGUUCGACCGCAUUAUCAAAGCCACCCCUCCAGACUCGAUUGUGGAUUGGAAACUCAUGUGGCGCGACCCCCAGCCCAAAUGGACGUCACCGGGAGGAUACGUGGUGCAACUGGGCGAUGCAGCGCACACCUUCCUCCCCACCUCCGGUAACGGCGGCACGCAGGCCCUCGAAGACGCUGUUUCUCUUGCUGCCUGUAUAGCCAUAGCUGGGAAGGGGCGUGUCCCUGACGCUACUCGCGUCCACAAUCUACUGCGCUUUGAGCGAGUCUCUUUCAUACAGGCUAUGGGAAUCGCGAGACGAGAUGCCAAAGCCGCUUCUAACAAUGUGGGAGUGAAGCCGAAACCGCCUCCAAUUCCUGGCGCUUGGUUGAUGGACCAUGAUCCUGAGGAGUACGCGGAAGAGAACUUUGAGCGAGGUUUAGCGCAUUUGGUUGAUGGAGAGCCAUUCCAGAAUACUAAUAGGCCACUCAAAGUGGAAUAUCGACCCUGGACUAUUGACGGAUUGGUAGGUGCACUGGAUAAGGGUGAAACGACGAUUUUGGACGGGGAUUGGAGUUGA